UGUUUCUGGCACGGGCGUGUCUGUUUCAACAGUUUGUAUGUUUGAGUUUUAGGUUGCUUUCUGCCUUUACGGCAGCACCGUUGCGCAUCAAAAUACGAAGACGGAAGUGCACAAACCGUCUAUGCGCGUGUCGUCCAGUUGUUUUUCCUUGCCCGUUGUCAACCCAUCAACCCGCUCGCAUUCUAUUUCUUCUAGUCCGCAAUCAUGGCAAUGGCCGACGAAAAUCCUAUCACGGACAGCGACUUUGAGCAGGCGUUCGUCUUGGAGGCCAACAAGGACGCAUCGGAUGGCUGGUCGCUCUACGCCAAAGGAGAGCGCUACGAAUCCUGGGUGCGCAAGAGGCCCGGUGAAAGCUUGAACCUGAUCCGGCAUACGUAUGAGUUAACUGGCACCACAGCUGAGCAGUUAACUGAAUUGCUGAAGGAUCCCACGGCCUUUGACAAGAACUACAAGGAGUUCAAAGUCGUCAAGGAGUGUGAUGGCUACAGCAUCUGUCGGACCCUGAUCAGUAUGUCCGCCAUUCCACUCGUCUCAGAACGAGAGUUUGUCAGCGCAAUCAGUGUUCGCACUAUUUCCGACGCGAUUGUGACUAUUGCCAAAGCUCAUCCUACAGACUUGGUGCCCGUGACAUCGCGCUAUGUCAGAGGUGAACCCAUGGUCUUCGUGACCAUCGUCAGAGAGAAAGACGGCGUGGUUACAUUCUGUUCGUUGUACAAGACGGACUACAAAGGCAGCAUUCCCUACUCCAUGGUCAACUCCACAUCAGCCGGCUUGGCUCCGGGUUAUGUCAAAAUGCUGCAGCGCUAUAUCGACAAGAAGGCCCAGGGAUAAGAGGAGGCAUUCAUCUCUGCCCAUCGCUGGUGCGUGGAGAGAAGCCAAGAUGAAAUCCAACCGCCACAGUCCUACUUACUCAAUCCACUUAUAAAGACCUCAGCAAACUCAGUUUAACCAGCAUAUCCGCUCUAAAAACCCAGUGCAUGCAUUGUCAAGUCUGUGUGAUCUUCUCUCAAUCUGCCCACCGCCGUUCCUUUUCUGUCUUCCUCUCGCUGCUUUCAACAGGCUACAGCUGUUUAUGUUUGCCUCAUGAUUUGUGUAAGUGUUUCCUUGUCAUUCUCACACACACACACACACACCUUUGACCUUUGACCUUUGACGCCCAUCGCCGGAGGCGAUGACAGCAAUGCUACGGCAGAAGCCAUAGCAACUUGUGCUGGGAUUACACCAUUCAACAGCUUGCAAGGCUGAAGAAUUGACCGUCGCUAUUCAGCCUGGUCUACACCAUA